AUGGGAAUUGGCAUGCCCUCCUUCGAAAGGAGGAACGUCCACCCCGCGUGGUGGUCAGAGGCAGCCAAGACCUUGGGCGUCGUGGAGAAUCCCACCAGCGAGGGGUUCGGGGUGACCCCGGCGGUGCUGAGCACCAGGGGGGCUACCCUUGCGUUGGAACGAUUGCGGGCGGUACACGGGGAGGAAGGCUUCCUCCGAACGAUCCUAGACGGGUGGUGGGUUGAGCCCGGCAGGUGGUGGUCGGAGUACACGUUGUACCGCACCGCGCUCGACCACUGGGGCGUCUUCGACAUCUUCCACACCACGGGCCCCACGACGCUUCUCGGGGAAACCUCGGUCUGGUUCUCGGAGCAGUUCGAAGCCUGGAACGUAUCGGCGGCGUUCGACGAUGAUGCUGCAGCCUUCGUUGUCGUGCAGUCAACGACCGACGUCGGCGUGACGGGUAUAACGAGAAAAAUCAAUCGAGGUCUAGAGGAGGAGCACGACCCGUCACCUGGUGGAGCGUCUUCCCUUCGCCGCAGAAUCGCAAGGGGAAUGGCGGAAAUGGACAUGCUGUCCUCAAGCGCACAGAGAAGUGUCGAAAAGAGCUGA